AUGUCCCCGAUAGCAGUGACUAAAACGGUGGCCCCGGCUCCUUCGUCGAAGUCAUCCGGCUCAUUGAACAACGUGUGCAAAACGUCCCCUCCUGUUCCUUCAACAUCUAAAACGUCUGUCUAUUUUCGGGACACGUCCGAGUCCCAGUCCGCUGCUGCUGCUUCUGGAAAGAACUCAAACCACAAAGGAGCUACCAGUACAAAUCCGUCCUCUGGGAUAACAGAUGAGGAGAAAGCAAGAGGCUGGUCAACCGAACGACUGACUCACGCUAAGGCAAUGCUGGUUAAAACGCUGGAAAGCUAUAGAUCCAAUGGCUCGAUUACCGAGAAAAUUUACAACCGAAUUUUAGAGCGGGCCCUCACAAAGGUGUGUGCUUCGUACGGUAAACAGUGUGGUAUGAUGGAGCUAAAACUAAUAACCUGUUCAUGA